AUGGCUGCAAAAGAGGUUCAAUUCAAGAUAGAUGUGAAUGGAAUGGUGCAGGCCUGCAUGACUGUUAACAGUGUGGAUGCUUUGAGCGAAGCUGUUCAGUCCUAUAAUAGAAUAAGUUUUAUGCUUAUACUAAAAUACAUACUCGAUGGGAAUCUGAAAAUAGAAAGUACGCACAGCCCUGAAGAAAAAAAAGUUAUCCUAGACAUGGUUAAGAGUUCUAUGUACCUAUACUUUGUGUACAAUAGCAGCAUGUUAAGACUUAUAUGCAGAAUCCACGACUCGCUAAGAAGCGGAGCCAGGCAAAUGCUGAAAAAAAGGUGCAUUCUUCUGAUCAAUGAGCUUAUAAAGCCAAAUCCAUUGAUAUACGACAUAGACCACGGAAUCACUCGAAAGGUUGAUAUGCAUGAGCCGCUAGAUGAUAUAACGGAAGAUGAUAACCCAGAUCUGAGCCCUAGAACAUGCACUCUGGAGAUCAAUGACACAAAUGCUUUGGGCCUGAAAGGCAUGCUUCAGCUUGUGACAGAGAGCCUUGAUAGACAGACUCUGAGCUAUAUAUCCAGUUCGGUGCAAUUGGAGGACAUGGAUAUUUAUAAAAAAUAUUUGUCCAUUAGAGAAUUUUACACUCUAGAUCAGCUGUACACGCUAACUAAAGACGAUGUGCUACUAGUGGACUAUGGGCUAAAGAUGAUCUGCGGGAAAUAUCUUAAAAUCGAAAAGCUGAUCAAGCUGAUCAGAGAGAUCAGAGUUGUUUCUACUAAAUACCAGGACGUGAUUGGCAAAGAAAUCAGCAACCUGUUUAGCCCUGAAGACCUGAAGAUAGCCAUUUCCAUCUGCAACCAUCUAGAAAAAAUUGCAGCAGAAAAGUCGGCACAGAAAAGGAUAAUCAAAGCAAUAGGAUACAUGGCACAUCACACUAAGCUCCUGGACCAAAUGGACGGGCCAAAGGUAGUAAAGGUAAAGGCAGAUUUGAGCGAUUUUUAUAAAAAAUAUGCAGGUGAUACGUGCCUAGCUGAACUAAUAUAUAGAGAAAGAAACAAAGCGUUUGAGGAAGUGCCAAAGAAUAAGGACCUGCUUGAUAUGGAAAAAGCAAACUACAGCGAAAAAAGAGAGAGCUUUCAAGAGUGGGAAAACAGCGCAGACCGUAGUUCUCCAGACUACAGCCGGAUAGAGAAAGAAAAAAAAGAAGAGCUGGAAAGGAUAAGACAUAGAAUUAACUCUCUAGAAAACACCAUAUACUUGCUAACAUAUGAGGAUAAAAAAGGGUAUCCAGAGUUUCAUAAUAUUAAGGAACUUUCAACUGCCUUGGAUGAAUUGCCAGGCUUGAGUCUGCUCCAGAAACAGUAUCUGCUCAGAAAAAUAAAAGAAUUUGGAAAAGCAGUGGAUAUAAGAGUUGUAACAGACGAAGCAGAAGAGAAAAAAGUGCCAGAAGAAAGAAAAUCCUUCACAAUAACAACUAGCCGAGUCAAUAUAGUUAAAAUUCUCAUGCUAAGUGCUAUUUUUAUAGCCGCAUCAGUGCUACUGAUUAGAUUCUCAAAGAAUCGUGCAGUUUCUGGAAUCAACCAUUGUACUAUGAAGAAAUGGCCAUUCAUAAUGAAGUAA